GUUUUGAUCGUAUUGUAAAAGGAAGUUAAGUGUUAAAAAGUAUUAGGAUUUGCUGAGUCAUUGUUGCUCCAGUUUUGAAGGUUAUAAAUUGUGGAAAAGUAUAUUUGUUGAUGUGCGCUAACGAAUUAAGUUUCACCUCGUCCUUCCCCAAACCCGACGAAACUUUAAAUUUGCUCAUUAUUUUCUGAUGUAGUUUAAAGAUUUUUUUAAUGCUUCUUCACUGAGUAUGUACUCGUAUCGUUAUUACAAAAAGGCAUUGCUUUGUACAAUUUAUAAAGUCCCGUGAACUGUUAAUUUAUUCGUGCUUGUGAAUUGCAGUGGCGCAACAAGCCUUCUUGCAGGUGUUAAGCGUCGUCUACAGUUAAGUGUAAUUUAUUAAACCGUCUCUAAAUAGAGGGAAAUGAUCUAUUUUUUUAAAUUAAUUUCUAAUAUUACGAUCAAUAUUGCGGGCGUGCCUUUUCGUUGACAUAUGUUUCAUUGCUGUAUGCAUAGCUAAUUUUAACCAAAAAUCCUUUUCAUUUUUUUUUCCGUAUCGACCGUACGUUGCCAGUUGUAUCUGCCGUCGCCAGAAAGUUCUUUAGGAGUUGUGCAAGGAUCUACAGUAGUUUUUGUCGGCGUAAUUUUGAAUAACUGAAGUGGUGGUAUUAGAUGUGAAAAGGAAUAUAUAGUGAUUCACAGGAUAGUUUUAGCAACACGAUUCCCCAGAAGCAUGACGUUCUGUGUUAUUCGGAGCACUGAAUGCCUUUCGUGUUAUUUCGCGUUUCCUGUCUUCCUCUGCCGCGCGAACACAGCAUCCCGAAUGCCACUAAUAUAAAGAGAUCAGAAAUCGUGAAUCUGUUCGAAGCGAUGACGCAACUGCAAUGCGUCAUCACUUCGCAGUUUCCUUGUAAGUAGAAACUCAAGUAUGGGAAGUUGGUUUCAGGGCGUUCAUUCGGGUGUCAGUUCGAACCGUACGGAAGCUUUUUUUUUUUUAGUUAAGAUAAUUUGUUGAAAUUCUCAAGUAAUUUAUUUCAGAGUAAAGAUUUGCAAUACUUGGCGAAUUAAGCAUUUCUGAAGGUGUGUAACUUUCCGUGGAUACGUGGAGAAACGGGACAUGCAAGUCGCUGUCUUAAAAUAGUCACGACGCCGGAGUUUGAUGACAUUUGACGUAUGCCAAGUGGGAUACAUUGAAGCUCGAGUUGAAUCUAUUAUGGAUUUUAGAUUCCUUCGUAUCACGGUCAAAGAUUUACGGAUGAUAAUCUUUAAAUUUCCUUUGUUCGAUUAUUUACUAUAUGUUGCAAACCUCUUGAGUGAUCGUCAGGUAUUUUUUUCAACGAGCCCUUAUUCGUUUUGAUUCUCAAAUAUUUGAGUAACUGGUGUGAACUCGUUCAUAAGUCGACAGUCGAUCGUAGUGUAUUUCGUGACUGACCUUGUGCGAUUUGGCAUGCAUGAAUGUAGGUCUUGGGUUUUCGAAUACGCAAGAUUUCCACGAAAUAUUAAUGUGACAUUUAGGCAAGAUGCCAUUAUUUAUUUGUGAACAAUGUGACCCAGAGUCCUAGCUUAAAUGAGGUGUAAAUAGUAUUUAAUAGAAGUGUUGUAAUGACAAAAUUUACAAAAGCAUGUGAAUCAUACUUUAAAUAUCAUUGGUUUACCAAAUACUUUGCAUAGCCAAGUAUUUUGUCUUGUAAAUUUAAGUGGCAUGUGUCCAGGCAAAGAUUCAAACAAUGGAUAAAGCUGGUCAUCCACUAGAUGACAUGAUGUCAAGAGGUCGCCAAGAUAUUCGUUCACAUUUAGAUGAUCUGGCACAGAGGCAUCCAGAAUUUGCGGAUCAUCUUAGAUGUCCACCUUGGGGAGGGGAAAUGGGUGCUUCAUCCCGUGGCACUUGGGGUAGAAAACGACGUGGUUCAGGUUCUAGUGGUGAUGAUGCUACCAAUCAGGAAUCACCAAUGCCAGAGUGUUCUGAGGAAGCCAGUCCUUCGCGUGGGAGGUCACGCCAAAACAAUCUCCCACAGUACGGAUUGCGAAAUACUGUAGACCUUGGUCAGCAGCAGCAGCAACAGCAGUGUGAAGAUCAGGAAAAAACACGUGGGCAGAGAUCUUGGUCUGCUCCACCAGAUAAUCGAACUCAAAAUCCUCCAGAUCCACCAAGAUUUGUUUCCAGGUUGGAUAUUCCUGUAAAUCCUAUGCCCAACAAUCCAGGACCUGAUCAGGGUAAACCCCCUGUUGCUCCUAAACAGCAACCAUCACAACCACAGCAGCCACGUGUGCCUCAGCAAACCCAACAGCCACCAAAUACCACAAAUAAAGCAAGUCAGCAACCAGGAAGUAAUGUAAGGCACAUUCCUAUUUUUGUGGAAGGAAGGGAUGAGCCAUUACUCCCAAAAGCAGCUGCGGGAACAGGUGAUGCACCAACAGAAAGAAUAUUUACAGAAAGAGUUCCACCGCAACCUACCACAUUUAACUACGGCCGUCCUUCAUAUUUCACAGCUCGUCAGAAUCAACAGCCAACUCCGCAUAUGUCACAGCCAUCUCCGCAAAUGCCUCAGCAGACUGCAUACAGCCAGCAAGCACCUCCUCCGAAAGCGAGGAGUUUUGCACAACAGCAACAAGUUCCUCCUCAUCAUCAACCUCCUCCUCCACAGCAGCCAAAACAAGAAAACACUCAGCAGCAAGAGCAGUCCAAAGGCGCUCCACAUCCUCACAAGCAGCCAGUUGGAAAUGAUCCGAUUUCUCGAGUACAAGCUAUUCAGAAGGAUGUUAAUGAACUGAAGCUUAAAGUGGAUAAUUACAGUGGUAAUUCUAGAAAAGAUAAAGAUUAUAUGUACUUGGACGAAAUGCUUACUAGGAAUCUUCUGAAAUUGGACAAUAUAGAAACAGAAGGAAAAGAUGAUGUAAGGCAAGCAAGGAAGGCUGCAAUUCGUAACAUUCAACAGUGCAUUAGUAUUCUUGAAUCAAAAGUUCCCAGCCCAGAUGAUGUCUGCCAAAACAGUUCUGAAGAUGUAGUUAAAUGUACUGAACAUAAUGUUGAGCAGUCAUCUGAACAGGUUUCUGGUAUGUGCCCAGAAUCAGAAAUUGAAACAAAAGAUGUGUGUUCAGAGUCUUCAGUCCCACAAGAUUCUCAAGUUAUUAGCGGACAGAAAAUGGAAGUUGAAAAUUUGCCACAAACAGAAGUUGCAGAAAGCUCCAGUCAGUCAGGGCUUGCAAUGGAGACUGAGCCGGUUGAAGCAGUGAAUGAAAGUACUCAGAAAGCUAAAUUGGAGUCGGAUUCUCAGGAAGGGAUGGUUUCCAAACGGCCUGAAAAAGAGUUGGCUCCUCAAGACAGUGAAAAAAGUGAAAAUGUUUCAAAUAAAGAAGCUGAUAGCUGUUUGCAGCAGUCAGAUAUGAAAGUAGAUGAAAAGACAGUUACAGGUGAACAGUUACAAGAACAGAUGGAAGUUAAUACUUUGUGCGGUAAAGAUACUCCGCCAGUUCCUGCUGGUGAUGAGAAGGCAACUGGUUCUUCUCUAACAGUGGAUGGUAGUCCAAAUAAAGCUACAAAAACAAAAUCUCCUAAAGGAUCCCCCAAGAAGGGAAAACGUACAACUUAAGGAUGGGAGAAAUGUUCCUAUUUAUUGUAAUUGUCAUGUGAAGGAGUACUGUCUGUUAAUUUUAUAUGGAGUUAAAAGUAUUAUUUUGGUCUAUUUAUUAGUUGGCUUGUCAACAAUUUUAUUACUGAAUAGUUUGAUAUUUGAUCAAAACUUACAAAUUGUAAACGUUUAUACUUAUGUUUGCUCUCUUUGGAUGUACAGAAUUAUAAAUAAGAUGCUAAUUCAUAGCAGAUGUAUUUAAUUGGAUACAAGCAAUACUUAUAACUAUUGUUCAUUGAGAGGGAAAUAAGUAGAAACACGAUGAAAAUAGUUUCUAAACAAAGUAGAUAAUUAUAUCUUACAAAAUGAUUCUCAACGUUUUGGAUAAUAACAUUUGUGUGUUGAUUCUCGAAUAUUAUUUAUUUUGUAAUAAUGAGUGAUUGUGAUAAAGGUUGUCUUGUGUUAAUUGAGUGAUCAUUUUUUAUAGCUUAUUGUGUUCCAUAGUAUUAUGUUGCCAAAGAAUGUAGUUAAAAAUAAUUGGUUUUUUAUUAAGCUGUGAUACAAUGCUUACAGCAAGAGCUGCAAUAGCUUUAUUGUUACUCCAGCACUUGUCAUAUGUAAAUUGCCGUAAACUCAGUCUUGAAGUAUACUCAGGACUCUAGAAAAUAAAUAUAUAUACUUUUGUAUCUAGCCUGUACAAAUACAUGUAAAUAAAUUUGGUUCUGAAUUACAUUAUUAGUUUGUUGUUUAAAUCCUGUGCACUAAAAACUGAUACAUUAAGAAAUCCAUGGGUCAACUUCUUAUUGCAUUAAUUUGUCUCUUUUAAGUUCUCAAAAAGUAGACGAGAAUGAAUAAUAUGUAAAAUCAGCCACAUUGAAGAAAGAUGUUUGUCAUGGCAUGAACAUAUCAAAAUAGUGCAUUUGCUCGUGUUUAGCUGAAAGUGAUGAGGGAAUAUAGUUGUACUUUUCUCCUUUCGUUUUUUUUGUUUUGCUUCCUCCUGUCUGCUCACUAAAAGAGGCUGCUGCAGAGGUAGAGUAAGUGCUGUGGUCAUGGACAUAAGGAACUAGUUGCCACUUGCUUAAAAACGAGCAUUAUAUAAAACAUUAAAUACAUGUCGAUGUGAAAAUCAUUAACCACUGUUAUUCAGUUCAAUGGCUGAGCUAAAGUUGUAUUAUAAAAAACUUAGAAAUGAAGUGGAGUGAGGUCACUUCAAUGUGCAAUUCACGUACUAGAAGUAUGGUAAAAGUUGGAGUAUUAUGUAUUUAAUAAUGAAUUGGCUUUCUGAUAUUAAUUUAUAUCACUUGUGAAUCGUCUUAGUCAAAACGUGCAUGUAUUCUACAUAGAAUUUUCUGAGUCACAGGUUGCAAAUUGAAAUCACAUACAGAACAAUUUACUUCAAAAAUGAGAAAGCUGAGAUAGUUAUUUGAUAAAAGUUGAUUACAUUUGUUUUACAGAAAAUUAAUCUUUUAUGUUCUAAUUUUAAUUCUGACUUUGGCAACAAGCUUGUGAAUCUGAAUCUGAAACUAAUUGGCAUUGAAAAAUAAUGUUGCACUCUAAUGAACUUAAAGGUUUUCUUUCACUUCCAGAUUUAUUGAAGAAUAAGUUCAAAGUGAAUUUAAAUUUUAAAUUACAUUGAUAGUUACAAUGGUGUACUUUUAAAACAAGUUAUAAGAAGAGAAAUGUAAUAAAAAAUUGUCAAUAUUAUGUAUGAAGAGUUUGGGGCAGAAACAGCAUAGGCCAUAGCAACUUUACUUUUCAUAAGUGUUAAAAUUUUGACUUUGAUUGAAGUGCCUCCCCUCGUGUUACAGUCCCCAAACGAGACUUUUAGAAGAUAGGCCACACUUCAACCAAAGUUUUCGAAUUAACAUGUACAAAUAGUGGGAGGCUUGUAGCUGGUGUGGAUGGUUAUUGACACAAGGCCUCAAUUUUGAAUAAUAUUUAAACAAUUAAGAACUUUUUUUUUCUUGUAGAAAUGCUGUGUAUCCCUGUUUAUAUUUAUUAGGUCAAAUGUGCAGAUUUGAGAAGUUAUAUUUAUGUGACACAAAUAAAGGCA